AUGCAAGUCGACCCCGCCCAGUACCUCGACGCCCAGCUCGCAACGUCCCCCGCCGAGCUCAAGCCCUGGUGGACCAAGAUCAAGGACCAGUAUGAGCGCAAACUGUGGCAUAAUCUCACAGUCACCCUCACCCAGUUCGUCUUCUUACCGGGCACCGGCGAGUACCAGAUUGAACUCUUCGACAACUUCAUCACCACCAUCGAAAGCAAGAUCAAUGCUCUCAAGUUGGUCGAGAUCUCUCGCCGAGUCGGCCGUGAAUACUCUGAACCCGACCGCACCCUCGCCUUUCUCCAAUCCGUCCACUCCCGCCUCACUUCCCCAUACCCCGUGCCCGCCACAGAAGAUACCCCCGAAUCCCCCGCUCCCCCCGCCCCGGCCGCUUCAGCUUACGCCCUCUCCCUCUCUUCCAUCGCCUACGCCCAGCUGCUCCUCGGCGACCUCCCCGCCUGUAAAGUGUCUUUGGAUGAGUGUGAAAAGCUCUUGGGCGAGCAGGAUAGUGUGGAGCCGGCGGUCAAUGCGGGGUACUAUGGUGUGGCGGGUGAUUACUACAAGGUGAAGGCGGAUUAUGCGCCUUAUUACAAGAAUGCUUUGCUGUAUCUUGCUUGCGUGGAUGUCCAGAAGGAGUUGAGCGAAGAGGACAGAAAGUCGAGGGCCCAUGAUCUCUGUGUGGCUGCACUGUUGGGCGAGACCAUCUACAACUUUGGUGAACUCUUGCAACACCCCAUCCUCCACUCCCUCACCAACACUGAAUUCGACUGGAUCAAAUCUCUCAUCUCCGCAUUCAACGCCGGCGAGAUCGGUAAAUUCGAAUCCCUCGCCACCUACCUCCCCAACGAGCCCAUCCUCGAAUCCUCCAUGUCCUUCCUGAGGCAAAAGAUCUGUCUCAUGGCGUUGAUCCAGACUGUAUUCGAAAGGCCGAGGGAUGGUAGUAAGCGGGAGAUGAGUUUCCAGAGUAUUGGGGAGGCGACGAGGCUGCCGGUGCAUGAGGUGGAACACUUGUUGAUGAAGGCCUUGUCACUCAACCUCAUCCGAGGCUCUUUAGACCAGGUCGACAGUACCGCCGACAUCACCUGGGUCCAGCCCCGUGUCCUGGAAGGCAAGCAGCUCGACAUCCUCGGGGAACAGUUUAGAGUUUGGUCGGAGAGUGUGGGUAAGACUACGAAGAGGGUGGAGGAGCAGGCCAAGGCGGCCAAGACUGCUGUGGCAGUGCAGUAG